CAUCAAAGAAAACGUAUUUCAUUGAUCAGCUGAUACGAGGUAAACAAUCGCUGGCGAACAUUGGACGGGAAUCCUUGUACACUGCUCUUCCCUAAUCUGUGUUCUGUGUUUUCGCCGUGUUCAAAAUUGAAAGCAAAGCAGAUACCGGCAAGGUUUGGAUGUGGCCAGCAGCAGUUGGAGGACUGUUGACUGCAUGGUGUAUUGGUGCUGUUUGGGGAUGGGGAAGCAACAGUGGGAGUUUGGGAGUGGUGCUCCCUCUCUCUCUUAUUGUAGGUGGUAUCUCAGCUAUGAUCUUAGGUGCCACACUUACCAUUGCUGCCUAUGUGAAGCUUUCGGCUAAGCAUCAGGUUACCAUCAGGGUGCCAGAGGAAAUUCAUGCCCUCCAUGCACUAACCUCUAGUGUACGAUGUGAUCUGGAAAGCACGUUACCAUCGAGACAUGGUGUGGUCAUUACGCGAAAGAUUGAUAGUGCAGUCAACGAACUCAUUGAUAGCUUCAUUGAAAACAAUGUCACACCAUGGUACUCUCAUCUAGUCAGUGAUAGUAUGCCCAGCAUUGAGGCAUUAAGGAGUGUUCUUUGGUAUAGUGUUGUGAUGAUAAAUGAGAGGUUGACCCGUAUGGAUCAUGUUCGUUUCUUCACUGGAGGUGUAGCUACUUGUCUUACCCGUCACCUGGAACACAUUAGAAUUGCACAAGCAGCUGGGGAAGCUAGAGGUGAGCGAGGAAUAUUUCACUUGGUACCACAGCUGAGUUCACCUGAACGAGAGAGGAACUUCCUACGCUUAGUGGCAGAACUCUUAAUAUCUAGAUGCCUUCCCCCUGAAUACUCAAAAUGCACACCAUUGCGGACCCUCUUGAAAGAACUUCUUGCUUGCAAAGUCUUUGAGCCAAUGAUUGAUAGAGUUUGUGACCCUGAUUGGAUUAAUCAGCGCUUGGUGUCAUAUUUACGACAGCAGCAUGCAGCAGAGGAACUGCACAGACGGACUUACAUGUAUGCUGCCAGCUAUGAAGAUUUCAUCACUUUAAUCCAUGAAUCAACUGAGAUUCAUGACCUUGAGCAUCUUAGCUUUGAAAACUUCUUAGAGUUGGUUUUAACCACUGAAAGCACAGAAGACUGUGAAAGAAUAAGACGCAAUAUCAUCAAUGAGAUAAUGCAGGCCACAGCCAUCAACAAUUUGAAAAAGGCCAAAGGUGUUGAUCAGAGUCGAGAGAGCACUCCACAAGGAUCUGGUAAAGGCGAUUUACUUCAGGCUCGUAACCUCACACGGUACAUUAACCAGCUAACGUACGCCAAAGCACAGUGUGAGCGUCGAAUAAAUGUCUUGAAUAGUGGAAAGUCUUCGUCAGAAGGUACUUCACCUAGACAUUGUAUGAAUGCAUCAAAUACUAUCAUGGAUGAGCAAGCUGAAGCAUUUAGCCAUUCACUGCAGAAUUUGCCAGGGAGAAAGAUUCUGAUGUUCCAAGCUCUCCUUGAAUCUGCCUUUGCACGGAGAUAUUUCUCCAUUUACCUUGAUGAAAUUGGCCAAGGAGCUCUCUUGAGUUUCUGGUCAGCUGUUCAAGAGAUCAGGCAUUCCGAUAAGAAACUUCAUCAUCAGCUUGGGACAGAAAUUUACUACACGUACCUGAGUUCUCACCCUCCUCCCGUUAAAGUUGAUAAGCCUACACUUCGUGGAGUAGAGGCCUUUUUAUUGGGUAACAGAGGACCUGAAGUGUUAUAUGAAAUUGGCGAGGAAGUUGAACGUACCUUAGAAGAGAGGCACUACACUGGAUUUCUUGUUUCAACUACCUACCAUGCUAUGCUUCACCAAGCAUCUUUACAGGGUGUGGACUUCAUGACAGAAUGUGUAGAGGAAGGUGGACCAGGAAGCUCAGAUGGAGGUAGCACAGAAUCAAUAGAGCAAGUACAAAUGCAACUAUCUGAUCACUCUACUUAUGCAAGAAACAAGUUGGCUCAUCUCCAGGAAAGAUUGACAAACAAACUCUUGGCAAUGCAAGCACUGAGGCAGAGUGGCAAGGUUGAUAGCAAGGUUAUCACCCAUUUGGAAGGAGAAAUUAGCCAGCUCCGUAGUGACCACAAAAUGUUGGAGACACAUGUGGAAAGAACAGCCCUCUGGAGCGAUAAUAUCGGAAAUUGGCGCGUUAGUGUUCAGAGUGUUCAGUUAGUGGAUGAAAAAGACAUUCCUCAUCUUGUGGUUUUGGUACAUUUAAACACUGAGGAGGUAAAAACAUCAACUUGCCAAGAUACUUCAUCUUCUUCAGUUCUUGCAUCGUCAUCCUCGUCAUUGCUAAGCUCAUCCCUAGAAGGCUUAGAUUCUGCAGGUGCCAGUUCAAUUCCCGCGCACGGAUGGGUUGUAGUCAGGAAGCUUUCACACCUUGUAGAUGUGCACAGGAAGCUUUGCCAGAUUGCCCCAUGGAUGAAAGCUGUAGAAUUACCUACAGUACCAAAUAAAAUGUUAUUUGGUAAAGUAGCUGAUAAGGCUCAUCUAGACAAAGUGCGAGGUGUGGCACAAAACUACUUUGAUGCUGUUUUAGCUGAUGAGAAACUCUCAGGGUCUGAGCUAAUCUACGCAUUUUUGUCUCCCUCUCCUGAGCAUCUAAAACAAGCUGAAAUCCAGCGUAAAAAAUCAAAAUUUUCCUUUUCAACUCUGUUUAGGGGAGGAGACGGAAAAAGCGAUAGUGAUGAAGAGGAACUUGGUCUGAUAAUAGAUGGGGGUGAGGCAUCAGGUGAUGGUGGUGUUGGGGGUGAGGGUGGUCGUGAUUCUGUCGCAGAGCCUCUGUUUUCGUUUCUGGAAGAACUGUGUGAGUUACGAGGUGUGAGUAAAUGGCUCAGGAAAACCCUAAUUUCCUUUGUCCAAAUCACUUAUGGAAAGACUAUUAACAAACAUAUCCGUGAAACCGUAUCAAACAUGCUAAGUGAAUCGAUGGUUUUGUAUUAUAUUCAUACUGUGAAAGACAAUCUUUGGCCAGUAAAUGAAGAAAUUUCCACAAGCGAGCAGCCUCGAACAGAAGAUGACAAACUUAGAGCAAGAUAUGAAGCACGUGAACAGUUUGUUAACAACUUGCCAGUGCUCCUUUGUACUCUGGUUGGCCAGCAAAAUGCAAGAAGGGGAGCAACAAAACUCUUCACGACAUUGCAGCAUCAUGCUCUGAACAAAAAUCUGUUUUAUACUGUUUUGGAAGUGCUGUUGAAGGAAUUGUUCCCAGAGCUGCAAGAACAUCUGGAGAAAAAGUCUUGAACCAACUGCACAGCAGGGAAUACUGUAGUCAUAAUUGAUACUUAAUAUUCAAAUAUACUUUUGUACUUAAAAAAAAAUUAUUUUUAUUGACGAGAAUGUUUGUAAGAUUAAUUUGUAGAUAGUUUACAAUGUAGCCUUAAAUUAUUGAUUUCUCUAUUUUAUUCUUUUUAACUUUCCAACAGAUACAGGUUGUGUCAAGAAUGCAUUUAUAUUUUUAUUUGAAGCUGUGUUAAUGUGAUCUUUGUAAGUAUAAAUAGCAAAACUACUCUUAAUAUUUUUUUCAAUUAUUAUUACUAAGAGGAGACACGCAUGUUACACUGGAAAUACUAACUCAGAUCGUGAUAGCAUAGUAUAUUAGUAUUGUAUUGUAUAUGAUAAUUAGCUCAAUAGAAUGCUCUUUUAGAAGUGUUAUUGUUGUCUGUGCCAACUGCUUCUUAAACCCUAAGUGUUAGGGUCCCUUAAACCACUUUUAUUCACAGUAUUGCCACAAUCAAUUGAUUUACUGUUUGUAAAAGUUUGGCAAUUUCAAUCAAAUACAGUAUCUUAAAUUUACUGCUCUACUCCGUUCCAUUUUUUCUGGUGGUGUAAUCUGAAUUCCAUCAUGUAUUUUGGUCUCAUUUCUUUUUAUGAGAGGGAUAUAUAGAAGUACAAUAAUUCCAUGUUUACAAUACUGAAGCUAUUAAUAUGAAGGGACCAUAUAAGCAAAUUAGAUAGCUCUAAAGUGCUUUAGAUGGAGAAUUUAUUUUACUCAAAUUAAAUAAUUUGAGAAUGAAUGUUCACUAGAAAUGACAAUGACUUUGCUCACAAAUAAAAUUUAGUUCAUUAA